CUUUCCCCGGGCACAGGAACGAUGACAGCGUGACGUUGGAGCAGCAGCAGCGGCAGCCUCCCCGACUAUCCAAGUCUCCCCCAUGGACGACCUCACCCAAGCACUCUCGGCCAGCUUUGCUGUGUCCAAGGAGCCCAACAGUACUGCCGGCCCCCACCCCCGGCUGGCCCAGUACAAGAGCAAGUACAGCGUGCUGGAGCAGAGUGAGCGACGACGGCGAUUUCUUGACCUGCAGAAAAUUAAAAGGUUAAAUUAUGUCAACCACGCGCGACGUCUGGCUGACGGGGACUGGACGGGGGCAGACAGCGAUGGGGAGGAAGACAUGGAGAAACAGGAGGACGGGGAACGGGAGCAAGAUGGCAAUGCAGAAGAGGAAGGGAUGGAGAUUGAGAGGAGGAAGCUGCCAAAACAUUAUGCAAACCAGCUCAUGUUGUCAGAAUGGCUGGUCGAUGUACCGUCAGAACUGGACACUGAUUGGCUGAUGGUGGUCUGUCCUGUGGGGAAAAGAUCGCUCAUUGUUGCCUCCAAGGGUUCCACUGCGGCGUACACUAAAAGCGGCUAUUGUGUGAAUCGUUUCCCUUCCCUGCUGCCCGGUGGGAACAGACACAACUCUGCCAUGGGAAAAGCAGACUACACAAUCCUAGACUGCAUUUACAGUGAGGUGGACAGAACAUACUACAUCCUGGACGUCAUGUGCUGGAGAGGCCACCCGGUCUACGACUGCCCAACCGAGUUCCGUUUCUACUGGCUCCAAUCCAAAGUCCAGGAGACAGACGGCCUAUCAGAGAUCGCUAAACGUAACCCUUUCCGGUUUGUGAGUCUCCAAAGCACAGAAUGCACAGUGGAAUUGAUUCAGAAGGCCCUGGCAGCAGAGUACAGCUUCAGUGUGGAUGGUCUCCUUUUCUACCACCGCCAGACCCACUACACCCCCGGCAGCACCCCUCUGGUUGGCUGGCUUCGCCCCUACAUGGUCACCGACAUCCUGGGCAUAGAGGUUCCUGUGGGACCCCUCACCACCAAGCCUGAGUACGCCAGCCACCAGCUGCAGCAGAUCCGGGAGCACAAGAAAACAUCAGGCGAAGUCCGCCCGGCCAACAGCAGUGGCGGCUACGAGUUAGAGUACCUGUCCACCCCAAUCCGGGACAGUGAGGACAAGCUGAACUUUUUGAAUCAGAAACCAAUAAGAGAAGCACACAUGGAGGUCUGAGUGGGGGACUUAACGAGAUGCAAAUUGUUAAGUCAGUGUUUCUGUGUGGUGGCGGCCCACAUAUGGUUCUUUAGAAUGUCUGCUGAAUGGUUCUGCAGAUCUGACCAAUUGCAAAGCAUAGCUAAUUCUAAUCCAGCACUGCUCUGGACGCCGUCAGAGUGCAGAUUAGUAGAGCAAUGCUGAAGUAUCAUACGGCCAAAAAUCCAACCUGAUAUUUGCAUGUUGUACCUGCUGCAAACCUGAAACACCUAGUUUUUUUGGGAAUGACUGCACAACGAUCUGCCAUUGUAAUUACUAUUUCACAGUCUGUAAUACAUAUACCGAAUGCCAAGGACCAUCGCAGAUCCACAAAUGGUUAACAAAAGGUGUCUAAUGUGAGACAUGCUGUGCAAAGUGCAGGACAGUAACGUUUGUGAAGAAGUGUGAUUUUGCUGCUCUGCAAUAUUUGCACUUCAGAAAGAUCGUGCAUAAGAAACAUCUCAUCCUCACUGCUGGCAGGUGUUUGCAGGUUAAUGCCUACUUCCUGGAAAAUGCUGACAUUUUGAGUAAAUCAUCAGUAUAAGCAACAGUAAUGGAGUGCUUUGGAAGGUUUAUGGCCUCCUGGUCAGAGUGUGUGAGCUGCGACGUGGACUUUUACAAUUUAAUGUUCGAUUUAAAAUAGCUUAGUGUUUUAAUGUGUAUGUAUCUAAAUAAAUGUUUUUUUUAAUGACCUACA